AUCGAAUCUCACGUAUUUUGUCUAUCCCAGCCCCUUAAGGCAGGCUGUCACAAAUUGGCGGACCCCAACCAAUUAUCGAAUCCCAUUCAUAAAUAAUCAAUUUUUCCACCCAAAAUAAUGAAAAAGAAGAUCUCGCUCACCGCUACAUUUCCCUUUUCCUCGAUCUCUGUUCUUCUCCCAUCUCUCCAUUCGCCGAAAACUGUCGAAGAAUUAGGGUUUCUGUGAGCGAAGAUGAGGGAAAUCAUAAGCAUUCAUAUCGGACAAGCUGGGAUUCAAGUCGGGAAUUCGUGCUGGGAGCUUUACUGCCUCGAACAUGGGAUCCAGCCCGACGGCAUGAUGCCGAGUGAUACAACGGUUGGUGUUGCACACGAUGCGUUCAACACUUUCUUCAGCGAGACUGGUGCCGGGAAGCAUGUCCCUAGAGCCGUCUUCGUUGAUCUUGAGCCUACUGUUAUCGACGAAGUCCGUACCGGAACUUACAGGCAGCUUUUCCAUCCCGAGCAGCUUAUCUCUGGCAAAGAAGAUGCUGCUAACAACUUCGCCAGAGGCCAUUACACUGUUGGAAAGGAGAUUGUGGAUCUUUGCCUUGACCGUGUGAGGAAACUUGCCGACAACUGUACUGGCUUGCAAGGGUUUCUGGUGUUCAAUGCUGUUGGUGGUGGAACUGGUUCUGGUUUGGGAUCUCUGUUGUUGGAACGUUUGUCUGUAGACUAUGGAAAAAAAUCAAAGCUUGGAUUCACCAUAUACCCGUCUCCUCAGGUUUCUACUGCUGUUGUAGAGCCAUACAACAGUGUUCUUUCAACGCAUUCCCUACUUGAACACACCGAUGUAGCUGUCCUCUUGGAUAAUGAAGCCAUCUAUGACAUUUGCCGGAGAUCACUAGAUAUCGAGAGGCCUACCUACACAAACCUAAACAGGUUGAUAUCCCAGAUCAUAUCAUCCUUGACAACAUCGCUGCGGUUUGAUGGAGCCAUCAAUGUGGAUAUCACUGAGUUCCAGACCAAUCUUGUCCCGUAUCCCCGUAUCCAUUUCAUGCUCUCAUCUUACGCUCCAGUCAUCUCAGCUGCAAAGGCUUACCACGAACAGUUAUCGGUCCCUGAGAUCACUAAUGCCGUCUUCGAGCCAGCUAGCAUGAUGGCCAAGUGUGACCCAAGGCACGGCAAAUACAUGGCCUGUUGUUUGAUGUACCGUGGAGAUGUUGUUCCCAAAGAUGUUAAUGCUGCUGUUGGUACUAUCAAGACUAAGAGGACUGUUCAGUUCGUCGACUGGUGCCCAACUGGGUUCAAAUGUGGAAUCAACUACCAACCUCCAACGGUUGUUCCAGGAGGUGAUCUCGCUAAGGUCCAGAGAGCUGUGUGCAUGAUCAGCAACAACACAGCUGUUGCAGAGGUAUUUUCACGGAUCGACCACAAGUUUGAUCUUAUGUACGCGAAGAGAGCGUUUGUGCACUGGUACGUCGGUGAAGGAAUGGAAGAAGGUGAGUUCUCUGAGGCACGUGAAGACUUGGCCGCGCUGGAGAAAGACUAUGAAGAAGUGGGUGCUGAAGGUGGAGACGACGAGGAAGAUGAAGGUGAAGACUAUUGACACCUUCUCUCAAGCAAUGCUCAACCAAAAAGUUUUUUUUCGUUUCUGCUUAUGAUUCUUCUUGAUUACAUGUUUGUUUUUAUCCUGUACAAUCUCCGUUAAACUUUCUCCCCCUUCCUGUGUUUUUUUUUUUUAAUCUCGGUUCAAAUCAUUGGUAGAGCGACCAUUGGAAGUUCCAGAGUUCAUUAUCAAGCUUUUCUUGUACCAAACGUUUAUUAUCUUCUUACAAUGUCCAUUUCUUUUCUUAGGUACAAUCUUUUCUAUUUGGACUUUGUAGAGAUAUGUUCUAUUUUACAUUCAUGGAUCCAAAAUUACAUGAAUUUGAUAGGAAAUGUAAAAAAGGUUAGAUCACGUUGGGCAGAAGAGUUGGGAAAGUGAAGGGAGAUCCCAAAUGGGGUCGGUAGGAUCAAAAAUCGCAUACUCUGCAUUCAUGUUGUCAUAGUAACCGCUAGCUCCAUUCAUUGCAUAUAAGGAUGCAGAUAUCUGUCUUUCGAUUUCAGCCAGACCCAAAUGUUGAUCGGUUGAGUUUGGACUGUUGAAAUGUCCAUGUGCUUCUUCCUCUCCCUGAGUCAAAGGAACCUGAUGGUUGAAUCCAGAGACAAGAGGCCAAGAGUAAGGAAGCUGCACACUUUCGGUUCCUGGUUGUAAUAUGACCGAUGAAUCAGGGCGGUACACAUUAUUAUUGAGCGGCAUCACUGUGGUCGUGGUGGUGGCGCUGAGACUAGUAGCAGUCGAAGUGUAGUUGAUGCUGCAUUCCGCAAAAGAAGAGACGGGUUUGUUUUGUUGUUGCUGUUGUUGUUGUUUCAUGCUCUGCUUCUGGUGAAGGAGGUUCCUGAUCUUCAAAGACAGUUGUGAGUUGUUUGGAAAAUGGUUUGCGAAAUUGGUGCGAGUGUUGGAACCACGUAGGAGACAGGCAGCUUCGUCGUAGGCUCGAGCAGCUUCUUCUGCGGUCUCAAAGGUUCCAAGCCACAUUCGUAUCUUCUGCGUCGUGUCUUUGAUCUCUGCCACCCAUUUUCCAGAAGGCCUUUGCCUAACUCCCACGAAUUUCGUCUUGUUGUUGCCUUUGCU